ACUUUUUUCUGGUCCGAGUAAUUAAAUUCCUUGAUAUCAUUCGUAAGUCAGACAUCCAGUGCAUUUGAUCUAGUGAAAACGCUUGUACAAAAGCACAUCACAACCCCAUUCUUUUCUGGGAUAAAGAUCUCCACUGAAAACCAAUUUUCCACUUGUUUUGCCGAAUCGUCUACUUAACAAAAUGAGUGAGGAUACAUCUAUGACCGGAGCCGAGAUCGUUUCUCAACAACCGAACACCACGGUACCAGAUACUUUCACAGAUGCAGAAACAACUACGGUACCCGAAAGCACGCCCAUACCGGCAGAGCCCACCCCACAAACCACAGAAACCAUCAGCCCCAAAGUUCAAGAAGAGGUUGAUAGCCGUUCUGUGUACGUAGGAAACGUCAACUUCACAAGUACUCCCGUACAAUUGGAAGAGUUUUUCCACCUGGUAGGAGUGAUAGAACGUAUCACCAUUUUGUUUGAUCGGUUCACAGGUAUCCCCAAAGGUUACGCCUAUAUAGAAUUCAAUUCGGAGGAAGGUGCACAAAAAGCUAUCAGCGAACUAGACGGAAAAGUGUUCAGAAACCGAGAGUUGAAAGUGACGGCGAAGCGAACAAAUUUCCCCGGGAUGUCUAGACGUGCCAGAGGAAGCUCUGGUAGGUUCCGAGGCAGAGGUGGCUACCGAGGUUCGAGAGGUGGGAGAGGUUUUGUGAGAGGACCGGGAAGUAGAGGCAGAGGAAGAGGUAGAGGUAGAGGAGGGUUUAUGUCAGUGAGAGGAGUGCUUGGUAAUGAUGAUGAUGGCAAUGGCGGCCCCACUGAAUGGAACCGUGGUGGCCGAGGGAGGGCCAGAGGGAGGGGCAGAGAGAGAAGUCUUCCUGAUUCCCAGGCGUCUACUGCUCCACAACCCGAUUCCAUUUCCGUAUGAGUUUAUUAUGUGUGUAGUUGCAAAAACAGAUUGGGACC